AUGACCAACAUACUAAUUCUAGGUGCCACUCGAGGCUUAGGGGCAUCCCUGCGAUCACUGUACUCCACCAAGCCCGAAACUCACGUUUUUGCAACCUCGCGAUCGUCAAAAGAUCCAAGCCCGGGAGUUACAUGGCUGAAUGGAAUCGAUAUCUCGCAGCCAGAUGUGGGACAAAAGCUAGUCUCCCAGCUCCCAUCCACCAAGAUUUCAACAGCGAUUAUCACCGCGGGUUACUUUGGCUUUGAAACAUUCGAUUCUCCUGACUGGGAGAAACAGGUUCAAAUGUACACCACAUCUGCCAUUGGACCCGUCUUUGUGGUACACAAUCUAGUCAAGGCGGGACUGCUGGGCCAAGGUAGCAAAGUGAUUCUGGUCAGCAGUGAGGGUGGCAGUAUUACCCUGCGCCACGAGAAGGAGGGUGGUGGUAACUUUGGUCACCAUGCCAGCAAAGCCGCUCUGAAUAUGGUGGGGAAGCUUCUGAGCCUUGAUCUCAAGCCCAAGGGCAUUGCGGUCGGGAUCAUUCAUCCAGGAUUCAUGCGGACGGAGAUGACAAAGAGUGUCGGCUUUGAUAAGUACUGGGAUGCGGGGGGAGCUGUCACACCUGACCAGGCUGCUGAAACGCUGGCUUCCUUCAUUGAUGAAUUUAACAUCGAUAAGACCGGUGAAUUCUGGGCACCUGCAGGACCAAGAGAUAUUGGUACCGCGGAAGAUGUUCUGGGGAAAAACCUAUCAACUCCAUUGCAGCUUCCAUGGUAA